AUGUCUUGGUUUUCAAACCUGUAUGAUAGGUCAACGUUCUCGAUAUGGCCUCGAUGGCUGGCGGCACCGACCAACGACUCGGCCACAACAUAUGUUCGGACAGUAGCUGUUAUUGGGGCAGGUCCGAGCGGCGCCGCCGUCGCGAAAUACCUUCAUGCCGAGGGUCACUUUGCCAAAAUCGAUGUUUUCGAACGUCGCAGCGUUCUCGGCGGUGUUUGGAAUACUGACGAAUCCUCGCCGAUAUGCGACAUCGGGAAAUUCCCUAGUCCAAUAUACGAGGGCAUGGAGUCGAAUCUACCGAUUCCCGUCAUGCAGUAUUUCGACACUAACUUCAAAGACGGCACGCCUAUUCUUCCUGACGCCAAAACUACCCGCGACUAUCUAGUCUCCUACGGUGAAGCUCUGUCCGGCAUGGUCCAUUUCCGCACAGAGGUGUUGAAGGUCGAGCCCUUGCGCGAGCAGGAAACGUCGACUCAUAAACCGUGGUUGGUAAGAUACCGGAGCUUGGAGACUUCGGUCGUCUUCGAAGAAGUCUACGAUGCUGUCGUUGUAUGUAAUGGAAGAUACAAUCAGCCCUACAUUCCAGAUGUCACGGGACUCAAGGAAUGGCAACUAUCAUAUCCAGGAAGUAUCAGCCAUUCGAGCGAGUUCCGGAGUUCUGAGCGCUUCAAAGGCAAAAAAGUCUUAAUCGUCGGCUACUCUCAUUCUGGCUCAGAUCUUGCAUCUCACAUCGUCAAACAGUGCGCGACCCCGCUGCUGAUAUCGACAAGGUCCGUGUACCAGCGUUCUGCUAACGACACUAGCGACGAUAAGAUGAUGCUCCCACAAGUCAAAGAGCUGCAGUCAGAAGGAAGAGCUGUUCAUUUCGUGGACGGCCACGUCGAAACAGAUGUGGACCAUAUACUGUUUGCUACCGGCUUCGACUAUGAACACGACUUCUUGUCACAUUUGGACGACUACAAAGAGCACGGAGCUACUGGUGUCAAUACGAACACAUAUCUGCACAUGUUCUGGACACCUCGCCCCACUCUCGCUUUUGUUCUUCUACCUCUUCGAGUUUUGGCAUUCCCCUUUGCUGAAUCCCAAGCUGCAGUCAUUGCAAGAACCUGGUCUGGUCGCCUGAGAUUGCCUUCCAAGGAGGCAAUGAACCGAUGGGUGACUAAUACCUCCGCUCAAAGAGGAAAAGGAAGAGCAUAUCAUACAUUUGGCUCUCAGGAUGAUGUAAAGUACAUGAGCGAUCUAUUCGAUUUGUGCAUGACAGCAGACGAGCCUCAUGCCGGCAAGCUCCCGCCAGCUAUAGACGCAAGGUAUCGCUGGCUGAAGAAAAACGCAGGUGCGAUUCGUAAGGCAGCGGAGGGAGAAGGCGAGAAUCGUCAUCAAGUCACGAAGCCCGAAGACGUGGGCUUUCACUUUGAGGGAUGUUCUGAUGAUGCAAAGCCACCCGGCAACGGCAUCGCCUCGAAAACAAACUCGGAAGACUGCUAUAGUCCUCGACUCUGA